AUGAUAACAGAAAGUGAAAGACCAUCGUUCAACACUCUUCCUGGCAUCUUUCCUUCAAUGCAGCAAUCUCCCAGACAACCACCUCGGUUGAAUACGUCUUUGACAACACACUAUGAGCCUCUAAAAACACCAUCACCAUUGUUAAGAGGGAAGUCAUGGACCGAAAAGUUGACUAGCACUGUCCAGAGAAGUGGUGGUAAGAAGAAUAAAAUAAAAGCUACCCCAGCGUCUCAUCUAUCCCUUUCGCCAGCGUUAUUACGUUCGUCCUCCAUGUCUCCACCACCUAAUCCAAAAGUUGUUACACCUUCAACUCAAAUAUCGCAUCCUUUUAGAACUUCCUCCUUACCAAGACCAAGAUCCACAUUAUUUACCCCGAAACAUCGAGAAAUGUCCGAUUCAGCUUUAUCAAUGUCAAGAAGUGAAACACCUCCAAAAAUAGUUCCAUUUGGAUACCCUAAACUAAAAAACUCCAUUAAAAAAUCAUUUUUAAAUGAAUCUUGUACGCUUUGUGAUGAACCUAUCUCUAACAGAAGUACCGGAGAAAGAAUUAUAGAAUUAGAAUGUGGUCAUUUGAGUCACCAAGAAUGUUUGAUUGUUUCCUUUGAACAUUCUUCCAAUAUGCAAUCCUAUGAUUUUUACUCUAUGUUCCCUGAAUGUACUAAAUGUAAAGAAACUAAAAUGGAAUCGGUCAAAUGUAUUCCAAAAAAUGAAGAAUUGAAAGAUAGGUUAAUAUCCGACUUCUUGAUAACUAAUGGUACUACCACACAGGAGCCAAUACCACAAUCACCUUCUACUAUAGUGCAACCAACUUUUCAUGUCGUCACGCCUGUAUUGUCAUCACCUUCCCAUACACCUUUACAAAAUAUGCAAGCGCACACCCUGAUCCAACAACAACAAAUAUCACCAAGUUAUUUGGAAAGAUCAGAUGAUUUCCCAUUAGCUGACGCUCCAAUUAACAAACCAAAGAGUCUUCCUCUUCAUAACCACCUUGGUUCUUCACGACAUUCUUUUUUCCCAUCUACUGUCGCUCAAAUUCAGAAAACUCAAAAGGCUCGCGGUAGUUCCAUAUAUGGUUCUUCGUCAAUUAUAUCGUCUGUCCCAGAUGAAGACGAAUCGAUCAUAACAGGUAGUGACUUAACAACAUCUGGAAAUGGUAAUGACAUUCCUGUUCCAAUUCUAAGAUCUUAUUUUAUACAAACCUUACUGAAUUCUUUUGAUGAAAGGUUAACUGAUUGGCAAAUAGAUUCUCAAUAUGGUUUACUACGAUUAGUUGAUAAAUUGAUGGUCUCGACGGAUGAGGUCAACUACACAACUAGCUGGUGCUUCCUACUCGAGAGUGCUCUGAUCAUUGCCACAGUAAUUGAUGACGACUCUUCAAUUGUUAACAACGAAGGUGAAGGAAAUUUGCUUUCCACCAAAUUAACCAAUUUGCAAAUUUAUAAACCCAUUGAAAACAUCAAAGUGAAUACUGUUAAAUCAUCAGUUUUAAAAUGUGUCAUUUCAGAUGAACAUUCCGGAGAAUUGAAGGAAAUUUAUUUGACAGAAAAUUUAGAUAGUGAUUCUAGCAAAGUAGUUCAAAAAUGGAUAUCAGCUCUCUUAGAUUACAACUUGAAGUUUAAUGAAAAUACUUUUACUUCAACUUUACCGUUACCCCCUGUAAUCAGGAAAUUAUCAGAGGAGAAUGAAUCUGAAGGUACAUUUGCUAGUCUCAUUGGUCCAAAUAAAAUAUUGGAAGUUUCUAGUGUCGAACAAAGUCAUGACAGUGUAAUUAUUAGAAGAGGAUUCUCAUUGUCGCAGAACCAAGUUGGUAGGAAUAAUAGAGAUACCAUUACAACGGUGAUGACCACUAUUAGCUCAAUUUUAUCUUUGAAGAGAGAACGUCCGGAUGAUGUGGUUAUUGUCCUACAAAUAGAUUUCAAAAAAAUAAAAAACGAAGAUGAUUAUACCACCAUAUAUAAUACUUUGAAAGCUUUGACAUUUAAAUUUCCAAGGCUGAAGGCAUGUAUCGUGGAUGCAGAGCGAAAUACAUUGGCCAUUGAACCAGUGGCUGAUUUUAUCAAAAACAAAGAUGAGCUUAGAAAUUUAAAAGAUAGAGAGAUUGGUAAAACAUUCAAUAUACCUUGGCUAAAAGAAACUCUUUAUCCUUCUGGAAUACGACAAAAUAUUGGAAUUGUGGUUAUAUCGAAUAGCUCAAUGGAAAACGAUAAAUCAGUUCUUCUAAUGGAUUUUCAACCAUUCACAUGUGCCGGCAGGCGCAGACCUAAUGAAUUGAAACUAAAAGUAGGUUACCUGAAUGUUGACUAUAGCGAAAAAGUGAACGAAUUGGUCGAAAUUGAAUCUUGGUGUUCAUUACUAGAGACGUUAUGCUAUAGUUUAACUUUGAAUUUUGAUGAUGAUGGCGACACUUAUGACGAUGGAGAGGAUGAUGACAUUUCGAAUUUCAAUUCUGAUGUAGAAUCUACGACGACGAUCCAUAUAGAUACACCUCUAGUUGAAGAUGAUUUACUAAAUACCAGUUCUGUCUACGAUGAACAUAUGAAAGAUUCAAUAAGUCCCGCAGGUAAUUCUUCUAAUCUCACUGACCCCGAAAUAAAUCAGGACAGUUUGAGUUCUAAAUCUGAAUUGACACCUAAUUGGGCUUCUAGGCCAACAUCACCUGAAAAGAAUCAAGAGUUUGAUCCUCUUCUGAAUGAUAUCGAGAAGGCAAUUGAAGAAAUCCAACAGUCAAAGGGGGAUAUAAAUACAUCUUCAAGCCACUCUAAUAAAGGGACAUUGUAUUCUUAUCUAUAA